AUGCCAGUCAAACAAUAUUCCGAAGAUAUCGAAGUCGACAAUAGCGUUGUCCCAGAUACCCAGAUCAAUUACGAUGAUGCCAUCACCUACUGGUCUUCAGUGCCUGCUUCUGUCAAUGGGGUUCUUGGUGGAUUUGGUGAACAGACACCAGUGCCCAAAGCCGAUAUAGUUGGAUCACUUACCUUUUUGCGUAAAUUGUCAUCUCGAAUGAAUAGCGGUGACCAUCCCAAGUACACAAUUGAUAUGGGUGCAGGUAUUGGUAGAAUAACUCGUGACCUCCUUUGGAAAGUUAGUGAUAAAGUUGAUUUACUUGAACCUGUGAAACCAUUUGUUGAGCAAAUGCCGGUUGAAUUACAGCAGGUUGAGUCUCUUGGGAAAUUGGGACAGAUUUAUGAUAUUGGUAUGCAGGACUGGGUGCCUGACAAGAGUUAUUGGUUGGUUUGGUGCCAAUGGUGUGUAGGACAAUUACCUGAUGAUGUAUUAGUUGAAUUUUGGAAAACGUGCCGAGGUGCAUUGAUUGAGAAUGGUACAAUUAUCGUCAAGGAAAACAUUGCUCCAGUAGAGGACAUUUUUGAUGAAACUGAUAGUUCGGUAACAAGAACAGAUAAAAAAUUCAGAGAAUUGUUUACUGAAGCAGGGUUGAAAUUAAUUGCCAGCGAUGUACAAAAAGGAUUACCAAAGGAGUUAUACCCUGUUAGAAUGUACUGCUUGAAAGCGCAGUAA